CUUCUUUUGAUUGGUCAGCUGGGCGCGUCCAUCCACCCAGGGCUGUGGGCACUUCCGGUAUCUCUGGUGUCAGCUCUACAGGGGGGAGAGAGGUACUGGCAGGAUGGGAGUUGCUGGUGACCUGUGACCCCUCGGGGGAGACCCAGCCGCGGGGCAGGAAGACUCAGAUUGUGGGAGGGGGGGGGAGAUAAAGGUAACAGCCGCAGAGACUUGGGAAAGCAGGUAAGAGGCGCUCCUUCCACCCUUCUCCUCUAUGGUGCCUGGGAAUAGCCUGUCAUUAUAGUAAUAGCUCUCCAUUUAGGGUUGGACUACCACUCCCAUUGGGGCUGGCUGAGCAUUAAAGGAUCUCUCCUCCAGCAGGAGCAGGAAGGACACACCUGGACCCCCAGGUACCCAGGCUGUGAUAUUUCCACAGCUGCUGAUUGGUUACAGUGAUGCUCAGCAAGAUGGUUGUGUGGCUGAGUAUUAUAGGAGUGUGCAUCAUAGUUGGUUGAGCAUCAUAGGAGUGUGCAUCAUAGUUGGCUGAGUAUUAUAGGAGUGUGCAUCAUAGUUGGUUGAGCAUUAUAGGAGUGUGCAUCAUAGUUGGUUGAGCAUCAUGACAAUUUACGUCUUCAACAGCUGAAGUGCAGCUUUUAGUCUAAAACUCAAAACCAAUUACUGAAAUAAAGAAAGUCAACUAAAAUGAUGCUACCUCUUGUCUCAUACCCCCAUUUCAACCUUUAGAUUGUAAGCUCACGGGCAGGGCCCUCUACCUGUUGUAUUGGUCUGUUCUUCUUGUGUUUGUCUUUUUCCCCAAUUGUACAGCGCUGCGGAAUUUGUUGGGGCCUUUCUAAAUGAUGAUGAUAAUAAUAAUGUGUGUGUAGAGAGAGAGACAGAGUGAGUUAAUGCAGCGAAAGGAGCACUCUCUUGUUUUUCACAAUCGUGUAUUAAUUCACUUCCAUUGACAUAAAUGUUUCGACCGUCCUGGGUCUUUAUCAAGAUCUUGAUAAAAACCCAAGAGGUUUCAAAAUGCUUAUGUAAAUACACUAUUGCGAAAACCAAGAGAGUGCUCCUUUCUUUACCUGAUUAUGUAUCUUGUGCUGGAAAGCACCUAGGUGAUCACUGAAACUUUUUGGUUUGUUGGGAUUGACUGUGUGUGUACUCUCAAGUCACAUACUGCAGUGGAUGAUGUCACAUUAUUAUUAUUUAUAUAGCACCAUCAGAUUCCAUAGCACUGUACAGUGGGAUACAAAACAUGCAUUGCACAGGGUGACUAACACUUUCUAAUGCUAAAACCUUAGAGACACAUUGGGUCAUUAAGUCUUACUUUGAUGGUUGUUGAUAUCCUUGGCAGUUUGACCGUGAAUCUCUCUUCUCAGAAGUUUAAUGCAAAAUUGGCACUUGUGGAGUCCUUACGUUUUCCCAAUGGUUGCAUAUUUAUGGGUUAUGAAUCGGAGGGAGAAAAGUAAAUUUACCUAGCUGACUCUCUCCCACGUAUGCUCCAUCUCUUGCUGUUUCCAUGUGGAAAACCCAGCAAGACCAAUAGAUUUUUCAUAAGUUAUCUUGUGUUCCAGCAGUGAGCUGCCAUAGUCAUUUGCCCAUUGCAAUAAAAGAUGCAUAUUCUCUUCAGCUGUUGCUAACAGCUGGUUUGAAAUGACAAGUUGAGAUUCUGAUUUGUAUUGGAAUUUCAGUGAAUUCCAACAUUGUAUUGGAGAUUCUUUUUUUUUAUUUUUAUUUUUUUAACUAAAGAUUCUAUCUUUCUAUCUGUAAUGGUUAUGAUGCCAGGUGUACCCUUACCCAGUUCCCUGAUAAUCGGGCAAUACGUUUAGUAACGGUUUGCCCCUUAUCUGGUUUACCUCUGGGUUCAGAUGCUCUCUGGAGGUCCAGUGAUGUGCUUUGCGGCUUCUGCAGAGCUGUAGUUAAACCUCCAGCAGCAGAGGGGUUAAUCUCUGCAUGGGCACCUUUUGAAAGUGAAAUGGUGCACAUACAGACUGAAGUGGUCAUGGUGCCCGGAGUAACCAUUUAAAGCUGUUUUUGAUGCUUGGUGUCCCUUUUUAAAUUUGUCAAUUCGUAAAAGUGUAAGAGAACAUGGGUUGUAACAGGGCCUGGUGACCUUUUUAAGAGGCACUCCAAUCACUUUAGCCACUAAGUCAUGUUGUAGUGACUAUGAUGCACCUCCAUAGUGGGGUGCACUUACUCAUUAUCUAUAAAAAUAAAAAUAAAAUAAAAAUUUUUUUUUUUUUUAGUAUGGACGGAGUGGGCACACACUGCAUCUUGGAGCAUGACUUCAUAGGGGGAUUCUGCUGCUGUUCCAAAUAAACAAACAUAAGCCAUGAUGUAUGUUGCAGUUUAGAAUUUGCUUAAAUAAUUCAUAAAUUCUCAAUUUAUUUUCUUUUAUACCAUAUUAUGUAUGUUUUUUAUUAAAAUAUAAUUUUCACUUAGACAGAUGUUCUUCAACCCUAUGUAUGCAUCUCCAAUCAACCAUGUUUUUAGCUUUCCAAUUUUUCUCACUUCUAAAUUUCAGCUUAAUUUGACCUUCUACAAAUUUGCUUUCUGUUUCAGAUUCUAUACUGAAACAUCUAUUAAAAAAAAGUCAAAAAAGGUCACUAUCUACUAUUUAUAGUUUACCUGUUCCUUUAUGACUGUGUCCUUUAUGACAGUCUAAUGAAUUGUUUUGUUGAUGCUUUCUACUAAUAAUGUAUUUUCCCUUCUCAUGGGAUUGUGUCACGAUGUGAGUCUUGCUUACUUAAAGCAAAGCGUAAAGUGAUUUAACCAAGAACAAGGGAAUAGUGCCUUCAGCCCAAUGAUGCUGUAAGCAGUUAUGGUGCCUUGUCUACUUCUUUAAAGUGAACCUGCUGUGACACUUUAAAGGUACACUCUAAGCUUCAGAAAUCCAACUGACCAUGAUAAACACUGCCUUUUCCGACAAAAGGUCACUUUUAGUGGUUGUCACUCAGGCAACUACUAGAGGAGCUUCCUUGUGCAGUCCUUAAAUGUAUUCAGGACCAUUGGUUGACCUUUACACUCUGCAUAUAGAUGCACUGAUAUAAAAGCCUCUCUUUUAAGAAAUGCCAAUUUGCGCAGCACAGAGAUUUCUCCACAUUUACAAAAGUCUCACAAUGCUUCCUUAUGGAAUACAGACAUGUUCUAAAAUGUAAUUGCUAAUUUUGCUAGAAAAUAAUGACUUGAUGGUAGACUAUGGAUAUUCUUUCUUUGGUCUACAAUUAAUGAGGGAGUGAUAGUCAACCUGGUCUGUGUGGCACACUGGUGUUAAUUUUGAUUGUUGAGUGACAUUCCUUAUCAAACCUCUUUAAAGGAACACUAGAAAAGGAUACAAAAAUGUAUCCUAUUUGGAUUAUUUACUCCCCCUGCGCUCCUGUUUUGAUGCUUCUUUCCUAGUUGAGAUUAUCAGUCCUAGAUGAUCUCAGCCAAUCCAGUGAUUUCCAGUCUAGUGUGCGUGCAUAGUGAAUCGUCAUGCUAACUCCAUGAAUCUCAAUGGGGAGCAUUUAACAUCUCCACACUCUGCAUGGAGAUGCUCAGUGUUGGUCUAGGAAGUCCUCCCAGUGGCUUUCAGAGGAACAGCCAGUAGAGGUGGCCUUAGGCAGCAGUAUAAACACUAAAUUUUCUCAGAAAAGUUUAUACUGCUCAUGCUGCAAGGACCAUCUCUACGGCCCAGAACCGCUAACUUAAAGCUGUAGUGGUUCCGGUGUUCCUUUAAUGAGUUUAUGUCCAAAACAACCAUAAUCUUGGUAUCCACCCAGACUCCCACCUAUCAGCCUACUCCCCCACCAAACUAAGUGACUGACCCUGCUUGGGAAAGCUUCCCCAAGCAGGGAUCCCCAAACCUAUGAUGUCAUCUCGCUCUUUAGCAUCAGAACAGAGUGCCAUCUGCUUGCCACAAUGUAUAAUCAUCACUACAACUGUGGUAGAGAGCUACCUUUUUUGACUUUGGCCUCUUUGACAAUAGUUUUAUGAUGGGUGGGAAGGGACCAAAUACUUAUUUUGUAUUUCUGAAUUUCAAUGCUCUUUCGUUAGCACCAAUGACUAGCACACUUUAAAAUCCUGAACCCUUCAGAAAGCUCUAAUUCAUUCAAAUAACCUCAUCUAUACCUUUCCACUCUGGCAAUGACUUUAUAUUUACCAUAGUUUCUCACCAUGACUCAUAACUCAACAUCUUUAUGGCUACCCCUUUCUAAUGGAAUGCCCUUCCUUGUCCCAUUUCAUAUUGCGCUUUUUCCAGUCAUUUAAAAAAAAUCCUAAAAUGCAUUUUUUUUAAUUUAUUUUUUUUAAAGAGAGAAGCAUAUCAGUUGUUGAAUUCUGUAGAUGGCCACUCCUUUCUUAUAGUCUUACCUUUACUAAAACCUAUAUACCAUGUUUUUCCUUGUAGUUUUCUAUAAUUGUAUGUCCUGUAUAUUGUUACACCUAGCAAUCCGCCUUCCCCCUGGAUAACCUGCCGUCCAUUUGACCUUUUGUAUAAUUUAACCCCACUCCUAAAGAAUGUAAACAAUCACCUAUUGUUAACUAUUUUCCUAUCUUGGUUUGUCAUAGUUACAAUGUCUUUUGUUUACCCACUGUACAGCAGUGCAGAGUAUGUUGGCACCUUAUAGCAAAUAUUAGUCAUGCGGGUCUACUAAACCACAAACGUGUAGCACCAGUUCUUCUCACUAACUAGACCAACCAUCUCUUACUGUGCACCAGCCAGAAGGCACCUAAUUCUAUUUUUGGAAUGAGAGUGGAAGGGUAGAGAAAAGGUUAUUGCAAGGUCAUGUAUCACAGCAGGGUUUGAUCAAGCUUGGUAACCAAUGAUGUGUGGUGGUGUGUGGGUUUUUUAUUUUUAUUUUAUUUGUUUUUGUAUGUGUUUUAGCAGGGAAUUACAGUGCAAAUUGGGCUUUGAUCUCACCCUGCUUUACAACAAAUAUUGCAAAGCACACAUCAGUUCACUGCUAAUCAUAUUUUUAGACCAGUAGGUUUAGCAGUGCAAAUAUUUUAGCAGUUCCUAAAUAAAAAAAAUAAAAAGUCGCAUGGCUAUUUCUAUGUUUAAUUUUAUUCCAUUUUAGAUCCUGAAAUUUCUUCUACAGACUGCUAUGCUGUAAAUUAUUGCAGAAAUCACUGUUAAAAGGCAACUCCAGACUAGAGUUAAAGGGACACUAUAGUCACCAGAACAACUACAGCUUAUUGUAUUUGUUCUGGUGAGUGUAUGCAUUCUCUUCAGGCUUUUUGCAGUAAACAAUCUUUUCAGAGAAAAUUCAGUGUUUACAUUACAGCCUAUGGAUGCCUCCACUGGCCACUCCACAGAUGGCUACUAGAGGUGCUUCCUGUGGCAGUGCUGCACAAUGCAACUAAAACUGUGUCUCCAUCCUCUGUAUGGAGACACUGAACUUUCCCAUAAGAUACAUUCAAUACAUUUCUAUGAGAGUAUGCUGAUUGGCCAGGGCUGUGUUUGGCAUGUGCUGAAUCUGCCCCUGAUCUGCCUCCUUGACGGACUCAGCCAAUCCAAUGCUUUCCUAUGGGGAAGCAUUGUGGUUUGCUUUGAGGAUCACUUCUGAUGAUGUCAGCAGAGGAGGAGCAGAGCCAGCAGUAGCAGACUGGAGUAAAGGUAAGAUUAUACUAUAUUUAAGGGGGGUCCAGGAGGCCUAGAUGGUGUUUUUAACACUAAAUAGGGCCAGGGAUACAUGUUUGUGAUCCUGACCUUAUAGUGUUCUUUUAUUCUCUUUUUGUCAGGGAUUCAUGCUGGUACACCAUUGAUAAGUGCCAAAAUUAUAAUUUAAAAAUAAAUACUGUUGGUGUUUCUGCAUUUGACGCACAUCCAUUGUUUGCGGUUUCUUACUAUGAGCUCUGCCCAAACCAAUAAGUAGCUGACACCUGUCAACCAAUCCUGGCCUUCCCAUUGUUUUCACCGGGUGCUAAGAAUAACCCAGAAACACCUACCCAGCAAGUGUUUGAUGGGAUAUUUUUGUAGGCUAUCAGCAAUUCUGUCAGCUAAGAUAAAUAAAACAGAUGCUUGAAUUGAUAGCGAUUAGACCCCGGCUGCCAGCUGAUUGGACAGUUAACAUGAAUGGUGCUAUAUAUACAAUGAAAUGAUGCUGUACGUGCCCUGGUGUUACUCCCUGUCAGACUUUUGAGAGCCUGUUGUGGUUUGAUACUUAGACUGCUCCUUUUUUAUUAAUGCAUUUAAUCCUGAGCGGUGAAAAUUUCCACUUUAAGGGACUCCAAAUGUAAUUAACCCGUUAUAUAGACUUGACAUGUACUUUAAAGCAGUUGAUACAUUACUUGAACGUCCUAAAUAUGCAGCUAUUUCCCAGGCCAUGCAGGGUCUGCAUUAAAGGACCACUCUAGGCACCCAGACUACUUCAGCUUAAUGAAGUGGUCUGGGUGCCAGGUCCAGCUAGGGAUAACCCACUUUUUUAUAAACAUAGCAGUUUCAGAGAAACUGCUAUGUUUAUAAAUGGGUUAAUCCAGCCUUCAAAUCCUCUAGUGGCUGUCUCAUUGACAGCCGCUAGAGGCGCUUGCGUGAUUCUCACUGUGAAAAUCACAAUGAGAACACGCAAGCGUCCAUAGGAAAGCAUUGUAAAUGCUUUCCUAUGAGACCGGCUGAAUGCGCGCGCAGCUCUUGCCACGCGUGCGCAUUCAGCCGAAAGGGAGGAGGAUCGGAGGCGGAGAGCUCCCUGCCCGGCGCUGGAGAAAGGUAAGUUUUAACCCCUUUCCUCUCCCUAGAGCCAGGCGGGAGGGGGACCCUGAGGGUGGGGGCACCCUCAGGGCACUAUAGUGCCAGGAAAACGAGUAUGUGUUUUCCUGGCACCAUGGUGGGCCUUUAAAAUGUCACACAACAUGAGUUUAAAUUAAAGAGCAGAGUAUUUCAUCUAGACAUUGUGCUAAUAAAUAUAUCAUUUUAUUUUUUUUAAACCAUUAAAAAAAAAAAAAAAAAACACCUGUCAGUCCAUUCUCAUGAUUUACCUCUGACAGCAGAGGUCUGUGGCAAAGAUGAGUUAUGCGUGUACAGGAGAACCAUCAUUCAGGUAGUUCUGCUGCUCAUCACAGUGAUCUUCGUGUUUCUAAUGCAUACUGUUGAAAAAUAGGAAUCGAAUGACUGAUGUCAGCAUCUUGCUCUAUUUGCGGGGGAAAAAUCCUCAACAGGGCCAGUGAUAAUACAAAGGUGGGAUCGAAGGGUGGGUACUACAUUAAUGUAAAAUCCACAGUCCUCUGAAAAUGGAGGUGUUGUGGGUUGUUAGGCAGCAUGUAAGUCUGUAAUAUCUCCAAAUGCAUUUAAAGCAACUCUGCAAGUACCAUAACCACAGGUUGUAGUGGUUACGGUGUUUAGUGUGUUCCUUUAAAUGUAUAAUUUACCCUUGCUUUGGGAUCUGCUAUACUGUAUAAACCUAAUUUAUGAGAUCAAGUACAACAAUAUUCUUGUAGCACAAUGGUAAAUAUUAUUUGGGGAGCCUGCAAAAACUAUAAACAUCAGUCAGUGGCUAAAGGUAGCCAAGCUGAAAUAUGUGUGGUGGUUAUGAAUACCCCUUCUUUCUUACUGCAUAUAAUCCCCUACCUGUGACCGCCAAUCUAAAAUCACCUUGUGCAUGAGGACAGUAUAGGAGAGGGUCAAAGACAAAUAAGAAAAAGAAAAAAAAAGAUGAUUUGAAUAUUGAUGAUAGAUAUAUCUGGGUGAGGAAUGGGGUUUCCUUAAAGGGAUACUCUAAGCACCAUGAAAUGUGACACAUACCCUAUUUAGGCUGGUUGCUGAAGGCGGAACUCCACCUCCAGCAGCGCCAUUAGCCAGCCCAGAGGAGAAGGUCAUGGCACUCCUAGCAUCAUAACAGCCUUCAAGGCCUAUAUCUAUCUAAAAAAUAUACUGUAGUAUAUAACAAUGUGUCUUUGUAUAUCUAUCCAGAUAUGAUUUUAGUAUUAUCUUGAAAACUUUUUAGUCUGCCUCCACCAUAGAUAUGAUUUGAACAACCAAGUACAAAGGAAAGCCACUCCUGAAAAAAUUUAUUUAUAAUCUCUUUUAGCAUGACUACACUUUCAGUCAGACAUUUCACUGAUACAGCAUGGUAUCCUCUGUGUAAUAUUGUUAUGUUUUUAAGAUUAUAUUUUAUUCAGCUUCUGUGCUUGUGGUAUGUUAAGAGAUAGAGAUAUAUAUAUAUAUAUAUAUAUAUAUAUAUAUAUAUAUAUAUAUAUAUAUAUAUAUAUAUAUAUAUAUAUAUAUAUAUAUAUACACACACACACACACACGUAUAUAGAUAUAUAUUAUUUCAUUCUACGUGUAUUUUGAUAGAGAGAGAGAGAGAUAGAGUAUAUAUAUAUAUAUAUAUAUAUAUAUAUAUAUAUAUAUAUAUAUAUAUUCUCUGUUAAGCAGGCUAAAUAUUACAGAAACACUUACUUAGGUUAUGUUGUGUGGUUUAUCUGUUAGAGCAGAAUCUGAGACCAGCAGCAAACACUGAAAUGGUAAAUACCAAAUUGUAAUAUUGCAUGGGUGUUCUCAGUGACAUUAUCUUUUAUGCCUUUUUUUUUUUUUUUUUUUAAGGUGACCGAUCUGUGCAGGUGAAAUGACUGAAUACAAACUUGUAGUGGUCGGUGCUGGAGGCGUGGGAAAGAGUGCACUGACCAUCCAACUUAUCCAGAACCAUUUUGUGGAUGAAUACGACCCUACCAUUGAGGUUAGACCAGAUCAUCUUGUUAAAACUCUCAUUUAUUAUAUUUGGUUCCGACAAUCAUUUCUUUUAGCCUAUUCACAUGAACCAUUACAAAAUGUAUAACUUGCACUGAUUUAUAUUUUUAAUUAUUAUUCAAUAAAUGUUAAAGGAAAAUUCGAAGCACCAAAAUUACACCUUAAUGGAGUGUACUUUUAUGAGUAAUGUGUAAAUCAUGUAGCGAUUUAGCUGUGCACACGAACGUUACACUGCUUUGCUGGGAAAAGCAUUGGAUUGGCUGAGAUCAUCACUCUUGAUUAUCUCAGCCAGAGUGGUAAAGGCAACUGUAGUGAGACCAGCGGUGCAUGGGAGUAAAGGAAUGUAAAACUACCUUUUUAAAUGCUCACAGAGAAGGACGGACACCUAAAUAGGUAGGAUAACACUAUAGCUUUAGGAAUAAUUUUUUUUUUUUUGUAUUCCUAACACUACAGUGUUUCUUUAAAAGACCACUAUAGUGCCAGGAAAACAUACUCGUUUUCCUGGCACUAUAGUACCCUGAGGGUGCCCCCACCCUCAUGGGCCCCCCUCUCGCCGGGCUGAAGGUGGAGGAAGGGGUUAAUCCCUUAACUUUUUUCCAGAGCCGGGCUCCCUCGGUGCUGGGGACUCUCCUCCCUCUUCUACCGCCAUCGGCUGAAUGCGCGGCAAGAGCCGCGCGUGCAUUUAGCCAGUCUCAUAGGAAAGCAUUCUUAAUGCUUUCCUAUGGACGCUGGCGUCUUCUCACUGUGAAAAUCACAGUGAGAAGCGCAGAAGCGCUUCUAGCGGUUGUCAAUGAGACAGCAACUAGAGGCUGGAUUAACCCUAAAAUAAACAUAGCAGUUUCUCUGAAACUGCUAUGUUUACAGCAGGCAGAGUUAAUCCUAGAUGGACCUGGCACCCAGACCACUUCAUUAAGCUGAAGUGGUCUGGGUGCCUAUAGUGGCCCUUUAAUAUGUUGUAAAUCUUUCUUUUAAUCAAUUCAUGCUGAACUAUACGCUUGAAAAAUGCCACUAAGGCACAUUUUUGGAUACUAAUGAUCAUUAAAUUCUUUUUAUUUUGAAUUUUGUUUUCCCCUAGGAUUCCUAUAGAAAGCAGGUGGUGAUUGAUGGCGAGACAUGUCUCCUGGAUAUUUUGGAUACUGCAGGUCAAGAAGAGUACAGUGCCAUGAGGGAUCAGUACAUGCGAACUGGAGAAGGAUUUUUAUGUGUCUUUGCUAUAAAUAAUACAAAGUCCUUUGAGGACGUUCACCAUUACAGGUUAGAUGUGUAGAUAUGUUACAGUAUUAUUUAGCUUUCAGUUCUCCUAGCCACAAACAUUGGAGUGUCAUGUGUUGUGUAUUGGAAUAUUAAAUGAACACUGUAGGCACUGGAUCUACUUCAUCUCAUUUAAGUGGUUAUGGUAUCUAAAGUCCCCUGGUACCAAUCUUUAAUUCAGCAUUCAACAGGUUGUGUUUUUUUUGUUUGUUUUUUUUAUAAUGCUAAACAAGUGUUCCCAGCAGCCUAUCCCCUAUGUGGUGCUUUGGAUAAUAAUAAUAAUAAUAAUAAUAAUAAUAAUAAAUUAUUAUUAUUAAUAUAGCCCCAGCAAAUUCUGUAGCACUGUACAAUGGGUAUGAGGAAGUAUUAGCCUAAGCAGCAGUGAUUGGCUGAGAGUGCCAGCUGACUGCUUGUAGCCUAUCAGAGUGCCCAUUGCCAGCAUAAAUGGGUAUGACUACAGGGAAGUGUAUAAUCUCUGCCUUAGCCACGCUUGCAGUAGGUGGCCAGGGAUCCUUAUUUAGUUUUAAACUGUUUGAAAAUUGUUUAACACUAAAUGAAGGGAUAGCACAAGGAGAUUCCAGGCACUAGAACCAAUUCAAAGAGAUGAAAUUGUUAUAUCUACAGUUCACUGGCAAAAUGAGAAUUCCUCAUGCAAAAUUACUAUAUUUGAACCUUUAUAGCCUGUUGCUACAUGACCUUACAGCAAAUUUUUGCUUAUGUUUUAUAUUUUAAUUUGCUUUUAUGGCUAAAAGACUGUAACAAAUUACUCUUCUUGUGUUCCACCAGGGAGCAGAUUAACAGAGUAAAAGAUUCUGAUGAUGUUCCGAUGGUAUUAGUUGGUAACAAAUGCGACCUUCCUUCAAGGACAGUGGACACCAAACAAGCACAGGAACUAGCAAAAAGCUAUGGGAUCCCAUUCAUAGAAACCUCUGCCAAAACUAGACAGGUUAGUAUACUCUCCACAUGGACAUUGAGUAGUUUGAUGAACUUCAUUGCCCCCUAAUAUUAAAGUUUUUGUACAAUUUGACUUAUCUGGUGUCUGCUGGGCAUCGCUCCCUGCCCACUACGUCUAACAAAGAGCUGGAUCCUCUCUGAGCUAAGCCUUGCGGAGCAAGACUUGGCUUGUUGUCUGAGCACGAUCAACUGAGUUAUCAAAUGUUUGAUUACUUUUUGGGUGCGCUAGGGCACUCCUGGCACCAAAACAUACCACAGCAUGCUGUAGUUAUGGUGCUUGGAAUGUUCCUUGAAUGUCACUUUUUUGCUGGCAUUAGCUUGCUCCUAAAAACUAGUUAUCUAUGUUUUUGUUUUUUGCUAAUUUGUAAUGGUUUUCAUUAUUUUCUUUUUUCUUGACAAACAAAGGGAGUUGAAGAUGCUUUCUACACCCUCGUGCGUGAAAUUCGUAAACACAAAGAGAAGAUUAGCAACGGAAAAAAGAAAAAAUCCUCCAAGAGGAAAUGUGUCAUUCUUUAAACCAAGUACCAUGCCCGGGGGUGUUUGUCACAUGCGCCUCUUCGCCAACAGAGCCUUCGUAUGAGUUGGAAGCAAGUGAAAUUUGUGGACUUUUGUAAUGCAGUGGAAUGAACGUAAUUGACAUGAAAACCAGUGCUCACCUCAUAUACUCCUAUUUUGUUUUUCUAUAUAAUAUAUUAUUUUAAGCAAAUUCAUACGCCAGACUGUGAGGUGAAAGUACUAUUCAGAGAACUGAAGAUCAAACAAAAAGACUGUCUUAAACAUUUUAUUUUCCAAAGGAAAACUGAAGCAGUGCCCCCUCUCUCAUAAUUUCAAACCAAUUUCCCAAGUGUUUCCUCCAUCACUGUGCUCGAAAAGAUGACGACUGCUGAGGAAGCUCUUGCCACCAUUUUUCUCAAAUUGUGUAAAGAUUGAAAUUCUCAUCAGUAUUUUUUUUUUUUUUCUUUUUUCUAAAAGCUCCUGUUUAAGGGUGUGUUGUUGAAUUCAUGGUUGUGCAACUUGUCUGGUAAUGGGAAACAUACUAGUAAUAAAAAAAGUUUAAAAAUUCUAUGUGAAUUUAAUGGCAAAUCUGUAAUUUUCUUAUGGAAAUUUCCACUAAUUACCGCCUUUCUAAAUAACCUUGGCAAUUGUAAUGAAUUAAAC